AUGGCAGAGAACAAUGAGAUUCCACCACCCGUGGGAAGGUUUGGCGACACUCUUAGGUCGGGAAUUGAGUACCCGGGGGAGUUCGCUUAUGCAAACGACAACGUCAACAUUCCACCUCACUACAUUAGUUUGGUGAAUGGAGGAAAUCUUUUCCACGGACGGGAUGAGGAAGAUCCAGUGAGCCACCUCAAUGCUUUUUAUGAGCUAACAAACUCGCAUAGACCUCCAAACGUGGAGCAUCAUCGGAUUAAGAGGGCCUUAUUUCCGUUCUCGUUGAGGGAGAAAGCAAGAGCAUGGUAUGACUCUCUACCGGGCUACAACAUAGCAACAUUCCAAGAGUUGAAGACUUUGUUCCUCUUGGAAUACAACUCUCCAAUGAAGAUUGAGAAGUUGAGAGAGGAGAUCACUUCAUUCCGACAAAAGUAUGAUGAGUCUUUUGCGGAAGCAUGGAAGAGAUUCACGGAGAUGAUAAGGAAAUGCCCAAGUCAUGGACUAGCUCCGGGGCAUGACCUUUUAAAAUUCUACAAAGGUCUCAACAAUGAGGGCACGGGACUAGUCACUGCAGGCUCAAACGGGAACUUGGAUGAUUUGACGCAUGAUGAGGUGAGAGCCUUGUUCCAAAGGUUGGCCAACAAUCAAAGGAAUUGGCAUAAUCCAAGAAGAGCGGCUGAGAAGGUAGGAGAUACAUUUGGUGCUACCAAAGAUGCGGAAAGAGUGACAGCCAUUGAGGCUCAAUUGGCGGACAUUAGUACCCAGAUGUCUUCAAUGACGAAAGCAGUGAAAUCUCUUCAACUAACUCCUCAACCUCAAGCAGUGACCGUUAUGAAGUGUGGGUUGUGUCAAGGUGGACAUCAUACUGAUCAAUGUCCAAGUCUUCAAGGACCACCCGUCGAGGAUGUGAACUAUAUUGGCAACAAUCGCCAAUGGUUCAAUCAAGGCAACCAAUACAACAAUCAGCAAAAUUGGAGGCCUCAACAAAUGGGAUGGAAUCAAGCUGGUCCUAACAACAACUCGGGUAACCAAUGGAGGAACAACACUCAACCCCCGGGUUAUGAGAAGAAGCCAUCGGUCGAGGAUCAAUUGGGACAGAUUCUCUCUUUCAUGACUAAGAGUCAAAAGGAGAAUGAAAACUUCAAAGAGAAGACGGUGGAAAAGUUUGGUCAGAUGGAGACGACAAUGAGGAAUCUUGAGACGCAGAUCGGGCAGCUAGCUACAUCAUCACAUACAAGGAUUCCUAACACCAUCCCAAGUAAUACUGUACCCAACCCGAGAGGCAAUGAACAGUGUAAGGCGGUGGGUCUUGAGAAGUGGUCGUGA